AGGCGCCUAGAAGAGGUUUUCGGUCGGCCAUCUUCAGAGAUGUGUAGUUCGGUGUCGCUGGAGUCAGAUCCUCCGAGUCUCCUGGAGUUUUCCACUGAGGUCCGGGAACAGUCCGUAGUCGAGAGGAUGGACUCUCUGUCUGAAGUAGCUCAACAAACAGAGAGACGCGAUGAUGACGGAGCCGAGAAGCCACGACAAGAAGAUGCAAAGCAGCGGGAAGAGACGACGAGACAAUGACCAGCAAGUGUCUCCAGCGCGGAGCAGACGAGCGACGCGCCGGAGGAGAACGCCGCUGGGCCCCCGGUGAGCUCCUGACCCCCGGCUGCUCACUGGAGCACGUCCUGGCUAUAUGAAUGAGGUUCUCCUCGUCGUGUCCGGACACUUUGUACCUGAACGCGCUCUGCAGCGCCACAAUGAACCAUGCGCGCGCCCGCCGCCGUCUGCUGCUGCGUCACCGAGGAGACGUUUCUUUCCUUUUUUUCCCAGCGGCGGCGCGUCACACCGCCCCGGCGCGUCGCGUCCCCGCCGCUGGAGGAAUGUGCAGACGGCGGGAGGAGGAGGAGGAGGAGGAGGAGGGGUUUACUGACAUCAGCACUGCCGUUCACCACACAGCACCGAGCGGGCUGCCCUGUCUGCUGGACCGGCCACGCCAUCCACCCAUCCAUUCAUCCAUCCAUCCAUCCAUCCAUCUCUGCGCUCUGCUCUGCGGGGUUCGGGAAGAGUCGAAGCGGACGGUUCAGGCACCGAGGCGUCGGCGUGGAGGGGGGCACCGGUGGAGCACCGUCCGUGCGGCUCUAGCGGUUUGCAGGAGCAUCACCGGGACGAGGAGGGGCGACGAGGCAGGACUUCAUUCAGCAGAGUGAACACAGGGGCGCUGUGAAUGAGAAGCCAAAAGUCUGCACUGCAGUGGAUUUCCUCAGGUCUGUGUGUGUGUGUGUGUGUGUGUGACUCCGUACACUUUUUUAAAAAUUAAUAUCAGAAGAUACCGCAGAAGAAGCUUUUUGGGGGUCAAUCGUGUGGAGGUCACCCCGUCCGACAAAAGCUGUGCCGCCCUCCAGCCCCCACCCUCCUCCCGUUACUCUCACACGUCCCAGACGCGGUGUGGUGGUCCGGUCCGUCUCCAUUCACCCACUCAUUCAUCCGGAUCACAGAACCCUGCAGGCCUCAGACUGCAGAGCUGCGACUGAAGUCUGGGGUUCGAAACCGUGGAUUAAAAAAGCCAAAGGGACGUUGAAGUGAAAUCUUCAGGAUUAAAGCGCUGACCGAGCGACUGUUUUUUUGCACUCGGGCGACUUUGGAGGAAGGAGGUGGGACCUGCCCGUCAGGAACGGUUUAGAAUUUCGCCUCAGGGAUCAGAUCUUUAUCGUUUCCACUGCGUCGUCCUCGUCAGCACGACGCAGCAAAUCUCAGGCGCCGCCGCAGGUUUUUCCCACGUUCAGGUUGAGAUUUAGUUUCCUUCAUCUCAGGGAAUUUUCCACGCACAGAGUUUCCGUUUGCUACCUUUCAAGGGUGAUACAAAUUUACUUAAAUCUCAGGCGACACCCUUGUUUUGUUGGUGGUUUUUUUUUCGAAAUCUCUCUAUGACCCCCUGUUGCCAUGGCGUCUGACAGCGUCCAGUACCGCGCCAUCUUCGAGUACAAGAGGGAGCGCGGCGAUGACAUCAGCCUCCAGCCGGGCGACCUGCUCACCGUCCUCAAGGGGGCGGAGUCCCAGGAGGGGGCCGAGCGGAGCCCCCGGGGCUGGCUGCACGGCACCAACGAGCGGACCAAGGAGAAGGGGGACUUCCCGGGGACCUUUGUGGAGUACGUCGGAGCGCUGAGGGUUGUCGGACCUCCCGCGGCAAAGUCCUGGCCCAGGCCCGUGCCGCCGACGCCCGGAGGGCAACAGACCGGCGUGGGGCCUCCGCCGCCGGGAGCAGCUGCUGCUUCAGGUGUGGAGGCGGAGCCUCUGUCCGACGCGGCUCCCGUGGUCGUUUGGCGACUCGUCGAGGCCGUCGACAAACACGGUUUGAACGUGGAGCCUCUGUAUCGAGCUCCGUCGGCGUCCGGUGGACCCGCGGAGCUGCGACAGGCUCUGGACUCAGAUCCGGCCUCGGCGGAUCUGGACCAGUACGACGUGGCGUCGCUGACUGACGCGCUCAGAGGUUUCCUGCAGGACCUGAACGCCCCCGUCAUCCCUGCCUCGGUCUACAGCGAGCUGGUCUACACUGCUCAAGAGAGUGCGGGUGUGGAGGAGUGCGGCGAGCGGCUGAAGAGGAUCCUGGACUCGCCCAGCGUCCCUCGGGCCAACCACCAGCUGCUGCUCCACCUCAGCAGACACCUGGCCCGGGUCGGACAGCGCAACCCGGCCGGCCCCCGGCUGCUGGGACAGGCCUUCGCCGAGGUCGUCUUCAGGCUCUGUCCUCUCAGUGCCGACGUGAACCCGGAGCAUCACGUCAGGAUCCUGGAGGCUCUGAUUGCAACAGGUGGUCUGGUGGAGAUGCAGGCAGCGCCAGCUCUUCCUCCAAAGCCGGCGAAGCCGCAGCAGCAGACGACGCCGUCCUCGGUCGGAGGAGGAGGCGGCGGCGGCGGUGGCGGCAACAACAACGACACCAAGGACGUAGGAGCAGACGGUUCACUGCAGGAGGCCGAGUGGUACUGGGGAGACAUUUCCAGGGAGGAGGUGAACGACAAACUCCGAGACAUGCCCGACGGCACCUUCCUGGUCCGGGACGCUUCCACCAAGAUGCAGGGCGACUACACGCUCACGCUGAGGAAAGGGGGCAACAACAAGCUGAUCAAGAUCUACCACCGCGACGGGAAGUACGGCUUCUCCGACCCGCUGACGUUCGGCUCCGUGGUGGAGCUCAUCAGCCACUACAGACACGAGUCGCUGGCCCAGUACAACACCAAGCUGGACGUCAAGCUGGUGUACCCCAUCUCCCGCUUCCAGCAGGACCAGCUGGUGAAGGAGGACAACAUCGACGCCGUCGGGAAGAAGCUCCAGGAAUACCACAAUCAGUACCAGGAGAAGAGCAAAGAGUACGACAGACUGUACGAAGAGUACACCAAGACGUCGCAGGAGAUCCAGAUGAAGCGGACGGCCAUCGAGGCCUUCAACGAGACCAUCAAGAUCUUCGAGGAGCAGUGUCACACGCAGGAGCGCUACAGCAAGGACUACAUCGAGCGCUUCCGCCGCGAGGGCAACGACAAGGAGAUCGAGCGCAUCAUGAUGAACUACGAGAAGCUCAAGUCCCGGCUCGGCGAGAUCCACGACAGCAAGGUGCGGCUGGAGCAGGACCUGAAGACGCAGGCCAUGGACAACCGCGAGACGGACAAGAAGAUGAACAGCCUGAAGCCCGACCUCAUACAGCUGCGCAAGAUCAGGGACCAGUAUCUAGUCUGGCUCAAUCACAAAGGAGUUCGUCAGAAACGAAUUAACGACUGGCUGGGAAUCAAGAAUGAGAACACUGAUGAAGGCUACUUUGUGAGCGAGGAGGACGAGAACCUGCCCCACUGCGACGAGAAGAGCUGGUUCGUGGGCGACCUGAACCGGACGCAGUCGGAGGAGCUGCUCCUCGGGAAGCCGGACGGAGCCUUCCUCAUCCGGGAGAGCAGCAAGAAGGGCUGCUACGCCUGCUCUGUGGUGGUGGAGGGCGAGGUGAAGCACUGCGUCAUCUACAGCACGCCGCGGGGCUUCGGCUUCGCCGAGCCCUACAACCUGUACGGCAGCCUGAAGGAGCUGGUGCUCCACUACCACCAGACGUCGCUGGUGCAGCACAACGACUCGCUCAACGUCCGCCUCGCAUUCCCCGUCUACGCACAGAUGCCCUCCGGACGCAGAUGAACCCCACCCGCCCGCUCACGCUCCCCCCACAUAGACAACAAACCAACCCCCCCCCCCCCCCCCCCCCCCUCCUCUCGCAGGGGGACGGGGGACGGGGGACGGGGGGGAGAGAGUGACGUCGGGAUCGGUUGAAGUACGAAGUCACCAGACCCGUAAAAAACAAACCAUAGAUAGAAACACUUGCUGCAACACACACGUCAGCCACCUUGGAGUUUAUAUAUUUUUACAAGAACAAUUUUUCGGAGGGCAUUCUUUCUAAAGACUGCUUGAUUUUGCACAAGGAAGUUUUAAAUGUUUUUGUGAAUGUGAAGAAGAAGAAGAAGAAGAAGAAGAAGAAAAAAAUUUACGCGACAGAGGGAAGGAAGGAAAAAACGGAGUAGGCAACUUCAGAGUUUCAGGUUGACCCCGCUGCUACCUAAACUCCAGCUCAGACUUUUUACUAGAAACUCAGAAAAAAACGUGCGGACGACGACGACGACGACGAAACAUUCCCAUUUUAAAAAACCUUUUCUUUCCUUUUCCCACCUCAGAUGAUUAUAUUACUGCUUUUAAUUUUAUUGUUUGUUUUGUUUCUGGAGUCGUUUUCAUGUUUCAGCCGUUUCCUUUUUGUUUGACUCCUAACGUUGUUUGUGGAUAACGCAAGAGGAGAUGAUGAAGAUGAUGAAGAUGAUGA